AUGAUUGCCAAAGCCUCCAUGGUUCUCCUUGCGGCCUUCUCCCUUGCCCCGGCCCUAGCCGCGCCAUCGGCGGCCUCCCUCGAGCCAGGAUCGACAAUUCACAAGCGUGAAAACGAUUUCUCCUCCAUCUCCUCCGUGAAACUAAAUGCAAAAUGCCAAUACGACCUCCUCACUAACUUCUUUGAAGCGGAUCCAUUCCGCAGAGGAGCUUCUGAGUGGUGCACGGCAGGCACUACUGGGGUUAAGGGUGGAGUUGCUCAGUUAGAGUAUGAGAAUGUGGUAGUUGGAUCUGUUCAGCUGGUUUAUUCUUGA